UUUUGACAAACAUUCAAACUGUUGGCGGUAAAACUAGCUGACUGCUGUGUUCACUGCAAUGGCUCCUCUCAAAUUUGUCAUUAAGUGUGGGAACUUUGCCGUGCUGGUGGAUCUCCACGUUCUGCCCCUGGGCGGCCAAGAGGACGGCAGCUGGUUUACUACAGAUCACAUCGAGGAGGUUACAACCCUGGUUCGAGAUGCUGUGGACCAGAGGGUUAAGCAGUACACAGAGUCCCUCCAUAGUAGAAGACAGCCCAAACAGAGGAAGGAGCUGGCACCUGCUUCAGCCUUUUCUUUGAACGGGAAAAACUUCAAUCUAGUCGCCAAUUUUCUGAAGCGGCACAUCAACCUCAGAUGUAUUGCCAAGCAGCUCUAUGGGGAUUUGCGUGUGUUUCCUGAACGUUAUGUUGUGUGUGUGAGCUGUCCAGAGGAUGCCUCAGCACACCAUGGAAACCCGAUCCCGGCCGCAACUGAGCUGAGCGAACAAAGCAGAUCAGAAUAUUUUUCCAGAGUGGGAGAAAUCCAAGAGCCUUUAAACAGCCCCACAAAAACAAAGAAGACUGUGCUUCAAAAGAUAGCCAAACAAGCUAGUGUCCAGCAAGAGCGAUGUGUUUCCAGUACAGACGAGCAGCAGAUUGAGCAGAGAGCUUGCCCCAAAAACCAAACAGGGGAACUAGGAGCUGGAGAGUCGGAAUCAAGCCCAGAAGAGACUGUGCCCACCUCUGGACAGAAGGCCCUCCCAGAGGCAGACCACAAGGUGCCUCUCCCCAGUGCCUUAAAUGAAGCCGUGGCUCAAAUUGUGACUACUCGAAAGCAGGACCUGAUCCUGGAACAGCAGACUGAGGCUAGCCCUCCAGACAGCAUCAGCCCAAAUGGGGCCUCAGUAGUCUGCCAACACGAAAUCAGUCAGGAGACCAGCAAGAGCAAGAGGUGCAAGCCGAGCGAUGUAGGGGAAGACCCUCACCCGCAGAGGGCCAAGAGGACGUGCCUUGGAAGACCUCCAGCCGCAGUACAAACUCACUCCACCGAGUGCUUCACACAAACAUCCAAGCAUGACCUUCCUCCUCUGCCGCCCCUUCCUCAGGCAGAAGCCAAGGCAGAGUCCAAGGCUUUCCCAGUCUCCGAGUGCAAGAAAACCACACUGGAAGUAGAGCUGCUUACUCUAGGGAAACGGGCCCAGAGGCUCCCCCUCACAAGCAAUAACACGGCACAGACAAACCAAAACAGGCUGGCCGCAAGUCUGAGGGGCCUAUCUGUCAAGCCUGCAUCCUCAGGCUCCUCUAUUAGUUCCAGAUCCACACUCGGAGAGGAGGGGAGUGUAAAUGUGCCCAGAACCUCUAGAUUACGACGACUGAAGAGGUCCUGAGGGGGAGAGACAAGCUACAGUAAAGAUGUUUGACGCCACAGAGAUAGAGAUGAUAUUGUGUCAGGCUACAUGUUUACCCCAUGCAGUCUCCUCAGAUGUCAUGCAUUUGUACACGUGUCACAUUUGACUACAAUAUCUAUUCUUUUCACAUGUGCUGCACAUACAGAGCACACACACACACACAGAUUAAAUGCUGAACAUAUUAUGGCAAUUGAUACAUGAGCAUUUGAGUUACGCUUUGUCAAAUACUUGAAACAGACUUUGCCUCCACCCAUAAGUAGUGGUGGUCAAGAGAGGCUCGCAAAUGAAAGUCAAAAACCUUUAAUUGGAGUCUAGAUUUGGUUUUGUGUUAAAGAUUGGGGAUUUCAGACAGGCAGGAGCCAUGCAGUACGUCAUGGCUUUCAGUCUGAAAUACUGGCUCCUACGUGUCUGAAAACUGUCCAGUUUCCCCGCUGAAGCUCUGGUGUGAUUGAUUGCUGUUUCCAGAUUUAUUUCAUCACCCCAUUCUCAAAAAUGUACAGUUGUAGUUAAAUUUCAUUCAUAUACAAUUUGCUUAAUACUUAGUUGCUAAGCACCUUAAAUGUGUCUUUAAAUUCAAGAGCAGAUUCUGCAGCUCUUAUAUGAACUUGAACCAAAUAUGUGUGGGUGUUUGAGCAUUAUUGAAAUAUUAGUGGUUUUAUGUGGGAAUAGCAGGAUGUCUGCAGUAUCACAGGUUCAAAUGUAGCUGCUGUCAUCGCCCCAACACUCAGGGCUGCUCAUAUCACUCAAUUUACCCUGGCCCCGAGACAACAUGGGGCAAUUAGGGGCUAGCAGUCACUCAUACCCCAAUGUAAACCCAAGAUGCCUGAAUACAUUAUUUUUAUGUUACUGGAAAGACAUUUUCUGAUAAAGGUAAAUUUGUUUUUCCCAGAGAGAAAAAAAAAUCUCUGAAUCUGCAAACAGGCUGAUCAUUCUCAGGAAGCAGGAUGAAAUAGCGUUGAUCUCUGCACAUUGUUUUGCUCUCACACAGUCCAGACUGGCAGCCAGCAGUCAGUCAAAGCAGCGCUGCACGCUAUGAUUAAAGUGUUUUUAUUUUGCGCAUUUUACUUUCAAUGAAAAACAUCCAAAAAUGAUGAUGAUGUGAUUUUUUUUUUUUUUUUUUUUUUUGCUGGGGUCUGUAUAAAGUGAGCAUGCUCACUUACAUCUGGAGGAUAUAAUUCGUAGGCUGGGGAAUCUCUGCAGCACCACAGUUCUUCAUUUCUAAAGGUGUGUUGUGGCACAUUUUACCUCUGUCAAAAAAACUGCAUCUCCUGAGAUUUGGAUAUUGCACUUGGCCACAAUGCAAUUUCGGCAAUGUUUAAUUGUUCAGCCCCAACCCACACCCCCAACAUGUUCUACUUGAUGAUAUGAUGUUGCUUGAAUACUUUUGUUGUUUUUAUCUUCCUGGAAAUACAUGUUUUGGUAUAAGUUUGUUUUUCCUUGGGAAAAUGUGGAAAUAUGCAAAUAGGCUGAUAAUUCUCAGGAGGCAGCCAGCAUGAAAUAACAUGUAGAUCUCUGCACAUUGUUUUGCUCACACACAGUCCAGACUGAUGGCAAUUUGACAGUGAGU